CAAUUUUGUUGUUGUUUGUUUGUUUCAUCGAUUAAUCCUUUUUUUCUUCUAAUUCAAAAAAAAUAAUGUUGUUUUCAAUCAAUUAUCAUCAUAUAUCGAUUGUUUGGACAAUUCUUACCUUUGUUGCUGGUGUCCCGAAUACAUUAUCCAUUCGUCAUCAUUUUGAUGAUAAUCAUCAAAAUGAUCAUUAUAUCAUUGAAUCACCACAAUCACAACCAUCACCACCAUCAUCAAUAUCAAAUUCGAAUGAAAUUAGUGUCUAUAUGCCAACAUGGACAACAAUAUCACCGAAAAUUGUUCUUAUAUCACAUCAAAUCGAUAGUGGUAGUAAUAGCGAUACAAUCGAUAUUUCAGCAAAAAGUACAAUACAUUUACGUUGUACCGGACAACGAAAACUUUAUUGGACAUUUCCGAAUAAUCGACUAGAACCAUUUGAACAAUCGGCAAAUAUCAGUAUAAUCAACAGUUGUGAUUAUGAUGAUGGUAUUAACGAUGAUAAUAAUGACGAUGAUGAAUCCGAUAAACGUAACUCUAAUCAUCAUCGUAUUGAUUUUUUAUGGACAAAUAAAUGUAAAAGUGAUGUAAUUAUCUAUGAUGUUCAAUAUUAUAUGACUGGAUUUUAUUUAUGUCAUUAUAAUCAACAACAACAAUCAGAAUCGACGAUUAGUAAUGAUGGAAAUCAUCAAUUAACUGAAAUUUAUAAUCAACCAUCAUCAUCAACAACAACAAAAAAAAUAUCACAUGAUUCAAUCGAUAAAAUAUUUAUAUUUAUAAAUGAUCCUGAACAUUUAAUUGUACCAUAUGAAAAUGUUGAAGAAUAUAUGUUUUUAGCAUUAUUUCAAUCAUAUCCGGCAACAAUACCAUGUCGUCCAACAUAUUCAAAAGCUGAAGUUACAUUAUGGAAAGAAUCGGAUAAUAAUCAGUAUCAGUAUCAAUUAAUACAGAUAAAACCAAAUUCAUCAUUAGGUAUUACAUAUGAUCCACGUAAAGGUUUUCAUUUUGAUUAUCCACGUUGGGAUAGUAGUGUUUUGGAAUGUCGUUAUCGUAUUAAUAUUACUGAUAAUAACAACGGACAAUAUCAACAAUAUGAAGCUAAAUCAACAAUUAGUCUUCAUUGGUCAAUUCUACCAAUCGAAUUACAUCCAAUUAUUGAUGAUCAACAAGCACGUCAUAUUUUCAUCAACGAUACAUUUACAUUGAGGUGUUUUGUUCAUAUUGAUAUUGGUGUUAUUAUUGUUGUUGAUUGGGAUUAUCCUCAACAACAACCAAAUCAAACAAAACGAAUCUUAAAAUCAUCAGCCGAAACAACCAGACAAUUAGUUAAUAAUAAUAGUUAUGAUACAGUUGCUAUUAAUAUAACUGUUUUUAAUGCAACCAAAAAUGAUGAAGGUAUUUAUCGUUGUAAUGCAACCGAUGGUAAUGGUCGUACAUUUUCGGCAACCAAACGUAUUGUUAUAUUCGAUGAACAUCUUGUAUCAUCGGUGAAUUUUACAAAAGAUUUUCAUGAACCAAUCAUUGGUGAAUGCGAUCAUGAUAUUCAUUUUACUAUUCAAGCAUAUGCAUUUCCUGAUAUAAGUUUUAUUAAUCUUUUCUGGUAUAAAGAUAAUAAUCCAUUACUGAUCAAUACAAAUGAUUCACAUAUACAAAUGAAUUUAAUGAAUUUUUCGGAUGAAAAUCAAACACAAAUUACAUUGUAUAUUAUAUCGGCUCGUCCAUCCGAUAGUGGUGUGUAUACACUUGUUGGACAAACAUCAUGGUCAUCAUCACAACAACAACAACAACAAAAUGAAUCAAUAACCAAUAAAAUUUCAAUACCUGUUUAUAUUGAAGGUGAUAUAGAAAUUUUAAUUGAAAAUCAUCAAAAUUUUUAUCAACUUAAUCAUACAUAUGAAUUAUUAUGUAAAAGUUAUGGAUAUCCACAUCCAUCAAUACAAUGGCAAUGGCAUCCAUGUGAAACAGUUCAUUCAUGUUUGAAUGAUGAUGAUCAUAAUGAUGAUAAUCAAAUCAAAUGGUAUAAUAUUACAACUUCAUCUUCGAUGUUAAAUCAAGAUAAUGAUGCUAAAAUUAUUCGAAUCAAUAAUGAAACUAUUGUUCCAUAUUUAAAUAAAUCACGUUUAGCAUUAAAAGCUCAACAAUCUGGUGUUUAUCGAUGUUUAUCUACAUUGAUCAAUAUGAACAACGAUAACAAUCAUACGAUUGUAAAACAUCAAGAAAUACCAUUUAUUGUAAUGGAUGAUGAAGAUUUAUUUAAAAUUACAUCAUCAACAAAUGAACCAACAGUUAAUGAUACAAUAAUAUUAACAUGUAAAGCAAGUGUUUAUCGUUAUUCACAAUUAUGGUGGGUUAAUACACGUUUGGAUACUGAUGUUAUUAAUCCAGUGAAUGUAAAUACAAUGUUGGAACAGAAAAAUCAAUCUAAUGAUCCAUUAAUUGAAUCAAUAAGUUUAUCGAAUGAUCAAAAUGAAUAUUCUCUGAGUUCAACAUUAAUAUUAACAUCGGUUACAUUGAAUCAUAGUUCAUUGUUUACAUGUGAAGCAGUUCUACUAUUUGAUGCAUUAAAAAUUGAAAGAAAAGAAUUUUUCCUAGAUGUUAAAGAAAUAACAUCACCAAUAAUUAUUGAAACAAAUAUGAAUGAAUCGAUUAUUGAAGAAGAAUAUAAUUCACAAACAGAAUUACGUUGUUAUAUUGAAGGAAGACCACGACCAAAAAUUGAAUGGUAUCGAAAUGAUCAACCACUACAAUUUGAUCAUCAUGAUUCUGGUGUAAGAAUUUAUGAUAAAGGACAACGAAUUGUUUUUACACGUUUAUUGGCAAAAGAUUCUGGUCUUUAUGUUUGUCGUGGUAGAAAUCGUGGUGGUGAAGUUACCUGUGCUGUUUUGUUAAAAGUAAUCGGUAAUAUGGAUCAUACAUCAAUAGAUCUAUUACCUAUUAUUGUUUAUUCAAUAAUGGGUGCUAUUACAAUUAUAAUGGCAUGUUUGAUUGGUAAACGUAUUCGUGAUGAAAAAUUACAACGACGUGAAUUGGAAUUCUUUUCGAAAACAUUAUUCGAACAAGGACAGAUGCAAUUAUUUAAUCCGGAUAUGCCAUUGGAUGAACAAAUUGAUUUAUUACCAUAUGAUUCACGUUUUGAAUUUCCAAAAGAACGGCUUAUAUUAGGACGUACAUUAGGACAAGGUGCAUUUGGUCGUGUGGUGAAAGCACAGGCAAUCGGUUUGGAUGAAUCAGAUGAAUCAGAAUCAACAACUGUUGCCGUAAAAAUGCUUAAAGAACGUGCCGAUUCUAAUCAACGUAAAGCAUUGAUGGCUGAAUUGAAAAUACUCAUACAUUUAGGACGACAUUUGAAUAUUGUUAAUUUGUUGGGAGCGGUGACAAAAAAUCUUGUCAAAGGAGAAUUAUUAGUUAUUGUUGAAUAUUGUCAAUUUGGAAAUCUAAGACAUUAUCUUAUUGCUAAUCGUGAUAAUUUUAUUAAUCAAUUGAAUCCAUUGAAUGGGAAAAUAGAUCGAUCGAUUAUUCGAAAUGGUGUUGGUAUUCAACAACAAUCUGUUUUAUAUCAAAAUGUUGAUAUUCUAACACCAUCAACACCGGAUUCACCAAAUAAUAAAGAUCGUUUUGAUUAUUUUAUUGCAAAUAAUAAUAAUGGUUGUAAUGGUAUUAGUUAUGUUGAUCUAUUACAUCGACAACAACAACAAUUAACAAUGACAAAUAGUAAUGGUGAUUAUAUUAAUACAACAAAUUCUCAAUACACAAUCAAUAAUGGCAUAAUGAAUCAGGUUGUAUCGAAUACAACAGGUAUUGCUUAUUAUAAUGCUAAUUAUGGUAAUCUUGGUAUCGGUAAUUCAAAUAAUAAAAAUUCAAACAUUGGAAAUGGUCAACCAUCAGGAAAACGUUCAUCAACAUCGAAUCGAUUUCAACGACAAUGGUCAUCAAUAUCACAACGAAGACAAGGUCGUACAGUUACAACAUCCGAUUUAAUUUGUUGGGCAUUUCAAUGUUCAAGAGGUAUGGAUUAUCUUACAAUGAGAAAGUUAAUACAUCGAGAUUUAGCUGCACGUAAUGUAUUAUUAGCAAGUAAUAAUGUAGUGAAGAUUUGUGAUUUUGGAUUGGCUAAAGAUGUUUAUAAAUAUGAUAAUUAUAUAAAAAAAGAUGAUGGUCCAUUACCAAUAAAAUGGAUGGCAAUCGAAUCGAUAAGUGAUAAAAUUUUCACAUCAAAAAGUGAUGUUUGGUCAUAUGGUAUAUUAUUAUGGGAAUUGUUUACAUUGGGUAAAACACCAUAUCCAGGUGUUGAAAUUGAUGAAGAAUUUUAUAAACGAUUAAAAAAUGGUUAUCGUAUGGAAAAACCGGAUUAUGCAAGUGAAGAAAUGUAA